AUGUCUCUGAAGAUGUUCUUAGACAUUCGUCAAACAACCCAACAGGUCCCUUCCAAAGACGGUCCCACUCUGCCGCAAAUCGACAGCUGGGAAGAUUGGGGUAAAAAGGAUAUCCCAAAACGGGACUCUUGGGUGGCCCUUUCGCCUAGUGCGCUAGUAGUUUGGCUGGACCUGGCUUUCUCCAAGGAGGCGUUGUCGAGCCUGAGAGGGUUCUUCGAGGCGAAUGGUCGCGGUGAUCCUUGGGCUCUCUGGGGUUGGUGA